CCCGCCAAAAAGACUACAUGUCAAACUUUAAGGUUACCUACCUUCCUAUACAUUUUAUAAAUAAAUGAGAUUAUUGUUUAAAAAUUAAACUUUAAAUAAAUUUAUGAAUGACCACUUUUUGUACAAUCUUUCGAGCAUGUAGUGUACUAUCAAUAACUUUACGGCAAACUUUGCGUAGUAGUGCAGUAAAACGACCUAAAUAUUCGUUAAAUUUUUACGAGUCAGUUGCUUUUGUGAAUGUAAGAAAAAUGUCGCAAAAAAGCAUUACGUCUUUUUUCAAGAUAACGCCUAAGAAAUCAGUGGAAGUGAAACAGGAAUCACUAGAGGAUGAUUCAGAAGCCAGCAAUCCAAACGAGUCUCCUGUUAAGACUGAAAAAAGAUCCUCAAAACGACAAAGGUUAGAUAGCAGUGAUGAAGACAUAACUCCGACAUCACCUAAGAUACAAACAAAUUCAGAAAAGAAAAAGAAAGCCAAGCGGCAGAGGAUAGACAGCUCCGGCAGUGAGACAGAGCUGACGGAACAGAGACCGGAGGAGAACUUGGUCACAAUAAGGAGCAACGGGACUGUGAAGACGUACGGUUCUCCUAGAAGUAAGAGAGCAAAGGAGUCUCCCAUAAAAGCAGAGUCCCCUAAAUCUGAAGUGAAGGUAAAAGAAGAGAAAGCGACUCCGGAGACAAAGAAGCAGAAGAAGAGUCCUGUACAAAAGUCUCCAAAAACUGAGAAAAAGAGUAAAAAGUCUACAAAUCCUGUGCAAAAUGGAGUCAGUAAUGACAGCGAAGUUAUAACUCCACCUAAGGUCAAAGAAGAGAAGCUAUCUCCUAAGUGUGAGAAGGAUAGUGAAAAGGACAAAGGUAUUAAGAGUGAGAAGGACAGCAAGGAAAACAAGGAUAGUGAGAGUGACAAGGACAGCAAGAAUGAGAGUGUAGAAGAUAAAGCUAAGGUAGUGAAUGCAGGGAAAGUUGAAGAAACGGAGUACAACCCAGCCAAGCCGAAGUACCACCCCGUGGACGACGCGUGCUGGUCCGCCGGGCAGCCGGUGCCGUACCUGGCGCUGGCGCGGACGCUGGAGGCCAUCGAGGGCACCUCCGCCAGGCUCAGGAUGAUAGAGAUCCUGGCCAACUACCUGCGCUCCGUCAUGGUGCUAACCCCGGAAGACUUGCUGCCCAGCGUCUACAUGUGCUUGAACCAGCUGGCCCCCGCGCAUCUCAGUGUGGAGUUGGGCAUAGCAGAGACGUACCUGAUGAAAGCCGUAGGGCAGGCGACCGGGCGCUCGCUGGCGCAGAUGAAGGCGGCGACGCAGCGCGCGGGCGACCUGGGCGCGGCCGCGCAGCACGCGCGCGCCGCACAGCGUAUGCUGCACCGCGCGCCGCCGCUCACCGCGCGCCGCGUGUUCGCGCAGCUCAAGCUCAUCGCCGGCACCACGGGUCCGUCGUCAGUGAACAAGAAGAUCUCCAUAAUCCAAAGCCUGUAUGUGGCCUGUCGCCAGUCCGAGGCCAAGUACCUCAUACGGUCGCUGGAAGGGAAGCUCCGCAUCGGGCUCGCGGAGCAGUCGGUGCUGCAGGCUUUAGCGUUAGCCUCGACUAUGACGCCGCCGGCUUUGAAUGGCGAGGAACGAAUAUUGGACGCUUCUAAAGGACUGACGCCGGAAGAAUUUAAGAGUCGCGUGGAGGAGAACGCUAUAUUGAUAAAGACGACAUACUGCGAGUGCCCGAACCUGGAGCUGGUGCUGCCCGCGCUGGCGAGCGGCGGCGCGCGCGCGCUGACGUCAGACCGGCGCUGCGCGCUGGCGCCGGGCGCGCCGCUGCGGCCCAUGCUGGCGCUGCCCGCGCGCGGCGUCGCCGACGUCUUCCACAGGUUCGAAGGCGCAGAAUUCACGUGCGAAUGGAAAUACGACGGCGAACGCGCGCAGAUCCACGUUCCGGGUGAUGAUAAGCCGGACCUGGACAACGCCAGGAUCUUCAGCCGGAACCAAGAGAACAACACUAGCAAAUACCCGGACGUCCUCCGGCGGCUGCCGUCGCUGCUGAAGGAGAGCGUGCGCAGCUGCGUGCUGGACUGCGAGGCCGUGGCCUACGACGUGGACAAAAAGCAGAUACUGCCCUUUCAGAUCCUGUCGACCCGCAAGCGCAAGGACGUCAAAGAAUCAGAGAUUAAAGUGCGCGUGUGCGUGUUCGUGUUCGACCUCCUGUACCUCAACGGGGCGCCGCUCGUGCGCGCGCCGCUGCGGGAGCGCCGCGCGCUGCUGAGGGAACACUUCAAUGAAGUGCCCGGCGAAUGGCAGUUCGCGACGAGCAAGGACUGCAGCAGCGUGGACGAGGUGCAGCAGUUCCUGGAGGAGGCCGUGAAGGGCUCGUGCGAGGGGCUCAUGAUCAAGAUGCUGACCGGAGAUGACGCUCGGUACGACAUCGCCCGCCGGUCGCACAACUGGCUGAAGCUCAAGAAGGACUACCUAGAGGGCGUAGGCGACACCAUCGACGCGGUGGUGAUCGGCGGCUACUGGGGCAAGGGCCGGCGCCGCGGCGUGUGGGGCGGGUUCCUGCUGGCCUGCCGCGACCCCGCCUCCGACCAGCUGCAGGCGCUGUGUCGCCUCGGCUGCGGCUUCAGCGACCCGCUGCUGCUGGAGCUCAGCCGCAAGCUGCAGCCACAUAUCAUUGACGGGCCCCGGAAUUAUUAUAGGUUCGACCCGUCGGUGUCGCCGGACGUGUGGUUCGCGGCGUCGCGGGUGUGGGAGCUGCGCUGCGCGGACCUGUCGCUGUCGGCCGCGCACCGCGCCGCCGCGGGCGCGCUGGCGCCCGACAAAGGGAUUUCUCUCAGAUUCCCCAGAUUCGUGCGUGAACGCGAAGAUAAAACCCCGGAGGAGGCCACCACGGCGCAGCAGAUCGUGGACAUGUAUCUCUCGCAAGACCAGGUCAAGAACACCGCGGGCAACAAACUGGACUACGACGACUUCUACUGAUCAGCCAACUCCAGAACUGUGUGUAUUGAUAGAAAUUACUAUGAUCUACCCACAAAAUAGGAAUAGGUAAUGUUAAAAUGUGAUGUCAUUGUCAUGAACCAUUGACAGGCCUAUCGACAACAGUUAGUAGCUAUUUCGGAGCACUACUAUUGGUAAAUAACGAUUACUGAUAGUAACGAACCGUGAUUACGAUAAGACUAGGUAUCGAUAGUAUACUUCUUUAUUAAUAGAAUUGAAUCAAAACCGGCUAUCAAUAGUAUCGAUAUUAUUGUUUUUCUCAUACUAUCGAACGGCAACACUAAUAUCAUUAUCAUACAUCGGAGUCUAUUGUGGUCACAGUAGAUAACAUUAUAAAUCAUAAGAGAUUUUCAAAAGCAUGUAAUUUACUGACUGAAAUCCACUGCCACGGUGGUGGCAGGUGGUGGUGGUGGUGGUGUGCCAAAAGGCAUGUAAAGCUGACUAUAUUGGCAAUCAUCAAGGCUUACAUCCAUCCUUACGAUGUUUUGCAUUUACAUUAAUAGCUAGAUAAGACGAAUACAAAUCGUUAGGUUACAGCGUGGGUUAGCUGGGUCAUACCAUUACAAUUUAUGUAUGUUUAAUGUGGGACAGAAAACAGUUUUCAUUUUCACAAUUCAUUUAUUUCAAGACAGUCUUAAUCUACAUGUAAAUAUUACGUCACAGUUUAUUAUUCUUAAAGCUAUUUGAUUCCUCACAUUCAGAUAUUAUGUCAAAUAUUUAUUAAAAGUUAAAAUUUUCUACAUUAUGUAAAUCUAUUUGGGUUGUAGGCCGUCACGCACGUGUCUGUACCAUGGAGAAUUGAUGUCAAAGCAUUGUUUUUAUUAUUAUACUAUUUUCUUCACAUUAGCUUUAUAAAUGGACCAUAAACAAACCGCAGAAAUAAAAUAAAGCCAUUUGGCCAUAAAAUUGAGGGUAUCAAUUACGAGCAGGACUCGCACGAAAAUGCAUUAAACCAACAAAAUUGCAGGCUAACUCACUAAUUUCAAUUAAUUUGGCCUUUUCUUAUAACAAUAUUUGAUCUGGACAACUUUAUUUGUUGGAAAACUUAAUUUUAAAAAACACGUAAUAAGAUCUCGAUGUACUACAAUUCCACAUUUUCAAUGUAACAGAUAUGUACAGUUUUAAGUAAUUAAUUGUAUUAAGAUUAAAAUUGGAAUAAAUGCAAAGUUAUAUCCACCCUGUGUCCUCUCUAAUAAAUUAUUAUUUUUUAUGAAAAUAAAGCAUUUUUGACGA